CCCAGUAGGGAGUAGUGGGCGGAGUUUUACCUGGCGACGGUGAAUCGCUCAAUGGAGCGGCGGCUCCCUCCACCAAUCGGAAUGUGCAGAGGCGGGUGCUGACCAAUCGGGCGUGGAAGGAAGGGCGGGGCGGGGGCUCAACCUGGCCGCUGGAGUUUAGUCCCUGCGCUGCUGUGGGAGAAGCUGUGUCUGUUCUCAGGGCUCCGGCGGCCGCCGUCUUGUUGGGAUCUUGCUCGUGAUGGGGACAAUGACGAAAGCUGGCUGGAAACAGUUGCUUCUCUUCACGUCGGUGAUCUUGUGCUCCCUGGCGUUGGGCAGGGGUGCAGUGUACAGUUCUGAACCAGAAGUCAGAGUUGCUGAGAAUAAACCUGCCACGUUGUCCUGCUCCUACUCGGGCUUUUCUUCUCCCCGAGUGGAGUGGAAGUUUACCCAUGGUGACAUCACCAGCCUCGUUUGCUAUAACAACAAGAUCACAGCUUCCUAUGAGAACCGAGUUACCUUCUCAGAUAGUGGCAUCACCUUCAGUUCUGUGACCCGGAAAGACACCGGGAUGUAUACUUGUAUGGUCUCUGAUGAAGGCGGCAACACCUAUGGCGAGGUCACCGUCCAGCUCAUUGUGCUUGUGCCUCCAUCCAAGCCUACCAUCAACGUCCCCUCCUCUGCUACCAUCGGCAACCGUGCAGUGCUGUCCUGCUCAGAGAAAGACGGUUCCCCGCCAUCUGAAUACUUCUGGUUCAAGGAUGGGGUACAGAUGCCUACGGAGCCCAAGAGCAACCGUGCCUUCAGCAACUCUUCCUAUAGCCUGAAUCACAAGACAGGGGAGCUGAUCUUCAAUCCUGUGUCGGCCUUUGAUGCUGGAGAUUACACUUGUGAGGCACAGAAUGGGUAUGGGUCACCCAUGAGGUCAGACACUGUGCACAUGGAAGCUGCGGAGCUGAAUGUAGGGGGCAUUGUGGCAGCUGUCCUUGUAACACUUAUUCUCCUUGGAGCCUUGAUUUUCGGCAUCUGGUUCGCCUAUAGCCGAGGCUACUUUGACAGAGCAAAGAAAGGGACCUCAAGUAAGAAGGUGAUUUACAGCCAGCCCACUGCUCGCAGUGAAGGAGAAUUCAGACAGACCUCGUCAUUCUUGGUGUGACCCAGGUCCAGCUCAUCUCCUGUCCUCUGUGCUUGCCUUACUCAGGUGCUACCAGACUCUGGCCCCUGAUGUCUGUAGUUUCACAGGAUGCCUUAUUUGUCUUCUAGCCCCUACAGGGGCCCCUACUUUUAUCUUAGGAUGUGUUUUUUUUUUUUUUUUUUAAUAAUGUCAGCCAUGUACCCCUUCUUCUUUCCUCCCUCCCUUCCUUUCUCACCACUACUGAGUGGCCUGGGACUUGUUUAAAGCUUUCUUUUCCCACCCCUAUGAGGGAGCAGGCAGGAGUCCUGAGUGAUGCCUGCUGACUCCCCUUCCAAGUAGCCAGCAAGAAUGGCAGGGCCCUCACUACCCACUGCACGUAGUGGUCCUCAGCUAAGGAUCUUGAGUCUGGUCCCUUGGCUCCUUCCUCCUGUACUGAGGACCGGUACCUGCUGCUCUAGAGAGGAGACUGGAGACUGGGGCAGCUGAAAUGGUCGUUGCAAUGCAGCGUCAAGCCUCUCCGCCUCUGCAGCCUCCCGCCUUCCCAUGGGAAGUGCCACUGGGAUCCUCCUGCACUGUCCUCUUCCUGAACACAAGCAGACCCAGACCGACACCAACUGUGUCAGUGGGGAAAACGGGAGCCUUUGUUGUGGAAAGUACAGUAGGCUUUUGGGGGACGCUGAGCAGAAGAGUUUUUAGACCACUGAUAUGAAGAAAAGAAAGCUGGAGCUGGUAGCUCAAGCCAUCACCCUUCCCUUGGCUGAAACACUGGAACAACUGGGCUGACCCUUUUAAGAUGUGUCUGCAGGGUUUUGGAAAUUGUGUAACAAUCAGCUCUGCUGAGCUUUGUGUGUGUGUGUGUGUGUGUUUGUGUGUGUGAUCUUAGCUCUAUGCUGAAAUCGAGUGUGUGCUGGAGGGCUUCGUGGCUCUUUGGUGAGACUGUUUUUAUGUGGGGAUGGGAGAAAUGAGAUUCCUGGGCUCCUUAGUACAAAUAGGAAAAUCUCCAAAGCCCUGCUUCCCAGCAACCUGGGCUGGUCCCCGGAUCCCUGUCCCACCCCUUCCUGGUUCCUGCCUUAAGGUGGAGGUUCUGAACACUGGACCUUCAUUCUAGAGCCCUUCCUGUGCUGGGGGAGGGCAUCCCAGGGGAAGCCUGCGCUGUGCUCUCGGUUCUACUUGGUCUGAUCCACCCACCCCUCCAGCCUCUUCCACCCAGAUGCACUGAUAGACUUUCCGGAGGCUACAGGGAAAGUUGCUCUGGAGCCUGAGGCAGGAUUUCUCAAAUCUUUUCGAGAAUCACUUUAGUAGUAGUUUAAAGUAGGAAGCACUAUGUUUCGUGGGGUAGGUGUGAGUGACAGCAGGGAUGAGCAGGGUAGACCUGCCUUGCACUGCUUUCCUCUUCCCACUCAGACCCUUCUUUGCCCUUGAGUCUGUUUCCCCCUCUGCUCCAGGCCUCCCUCCCCCCGGUCUAUUUAUUAACUAACAAGAGGACAGAUAGGGGUCUUCUAUGGAUGAUCAUUUCUGCAGAGAAUCCUGAGCACCACUUGGCCAUGUUCUGUUCCCUGAGCUGGGAACCCCUCACAGAACUGAGUUUUCUUUUCAACAAGGAUCCAGAAGGAAAAACAAAAACUAAAUCAAACUGUCAAGCACCAGUAAAAAAUUAACUUUCCAGUUGGAAGUGAAAUCUAAUUAGGCCAUAAAAAAUAGAGAUUGUGAAACAGUUCAGUAAGAAUGAGAUUUUUGAAGUAGGUUUCAGUUUUGUAACAUGAUGGGGAGACACGGUGGGAGGGAUGUGGAGAAAAGGCUGCAGGGAAGCAGAGGUGAGUCAUAAGUCAGGGGCUCCUCAGUCUGAAGCAAGUGGUUCCUCCCUCCCUUCGUCACUGGUGAGGAGUGUGAGUCAGUUAUUACUGCCUUGGAAUUUAUGGCUCCAGCUUACAACAACCCCUUUGAGUUGGAAAACACCUUGUCUGCUUUCAUUUUAGAAUGUCAAACCAAAUUUUUGUAAUAAAUGUUUAUUUUUCACAUUGA